GCUCCUGCUAGUCGGUCUCACGUUGCUGCAAUACGCCGCCGGGAGGCCCGCAGCUGAAGCACUCUCCUGCCACACACCGCGGCCGCAUCAAGGACGCCCCGAGAGCCGGCCAGCUGUCUCUCACUCUCUCGCUCACUUCCCCCCCACCCACGCGACACGGUCAGCCGGGCUGCCCCAUGAAGGCCUGCGGCCGCUGUGUGGGCGCGGUGGCCCUGACGGUGGUCCUGGUGGUGGCCCUGGCGCUGGGGGCGGCGGAGGCGGCGCGCGGGGGCGGCGGCGGCCGGGGGCGAGCAGGCGGCCGCGGGGGCAGGCGCACCUACGGGUCGCGCAUCCUGGCCGGCAUCGUGCAGACUCACAGCCCCUACUACGACCACAAAGACGGAGCACGCAUCGUGAAGGCGUCGCACUUUGAGCUGGACUACAUGCUCGGCCGCAAGAUCUCCUUCUUCUGCAUGGCCCAGGGCUUCCCCCGGCCACACAUUACCUGGUUCAAGGACGGUAUCGAGCUCUUCGGCCACAAGUACUUCCAGGUGCACGAGUGGCCCACAGGAAACGACACGAUGAAGUCCAAGAUGGAGAUCGACCCGGCGACGCAGAAGGACGCCGGCUACUACGAGUGCCAGGCGGACAACCAGUACUCGGUGGACAGGAGGGGCUUCCGCACCGACUACGUCAUCUACACCUACUAGCCUGCGCGGCUGGCAGCGGUGGGCGCCGCCCCCUGGGGGCGUGGCCGGGCCCGCACACCUGCGCUGCCCCGCCCGCCAGGCAAUGCGCUGCUGUGCACAGGCGCCACUCACCCGCUCAACUACGACUCUCGCUGUUUCGCAGAAGUCUCAAGCCGUGUGUGCCGCACGUUGGACGACCAGCCUCAAACUGGAGACUCUAUCAGAAAACGACAGAGAGACACACGCGCGGGAAAUGAACAGCUAUUAACUUCGAAGAGGGGCGGUUAAUUACUGCGGAAGUAAAUGUAUAUGUGUACAGUUGUAAUUUAUAUGUAAAUAGGAGAAAUAAAAACACUCAGUUAAAAAGAA